AUGUCAGGCAACAGCAACACAGCCCUCACCCUCGGCGAGUCAGCUCGUCCCGUCAAGCCACGCGUCGUCGUGACCGGCGGCUCUGGCAAGCUCGGCCGUGCCACCGUCGCCCACCUCUCCUCGUCCGGCUACGAGGUCAUCAACUUUGACCGCGUCCGACCCAAGACCGCCUCAGAGGAUGGCAAGACCGGUCUUCAGGGCGCCUACCGUCUCGUCGAAGUCGAUCUCAGUGAUAUGGGCCAGGUACUCGAGGCGCUCAUGGAAAUUGACAUGGCCUACAAAAAGGUGGAUGCCGUCGUCCAUCUCGCCGCCAUGCCCUCUCCAGGCCAAAGCAGCUCGAGCAAACAGUUCAACACCAACGUCUCGAGCACCUACAACGUCCUCGAGGCGUGCAGGAAGCUCGGCAUCACCAACAUCGUUAUGGCCAGCAGCGAAACGCUGAUCGGCAUCCCGCUCGACAUCAAGCCCGCCAAGCUGCCCAUCACCGAGGAGUCGCCCCUGUUGCCAGAGAGCGCCUACUCGCUCUCCAAGCUCGUCGGCGAGACGCUUGCCGAUCAAUACGUGCGCUGGUCCCGACAGAGCCACCGCAACCCCACCGGUGGCGAGAUCAAGAUCGUCUCGAUGCGAUUCAGCAACGUGAUGCUCGAGGAGGAGUACGCUACCUUUGCCGGCUGGCAGGACGACGCCCGCAAGCGCUACUGGAACUGCUGGGGCUACAUCGACGCCCGAGACGGCGCUGAGGCUAUCAAGCUCGCUCUGGAGAACAAGACGCUCAAAGGCCACGAGGCGUUUAUCAUCGCCAACAACAACACCGUCAUGAAGAGGCCCAGCAAGGAGCUCGUCGAGGAGGUCUUCCCCGGUGUGCCCUACACGCCCUUGAACGACGACCCCAACGUGACGGUCUUGUCCAACGAGAAGGCCAAGCGCGUGCUGGGUUGGGAGCCGAAGUACGAUUAUAAGCCCUGA